AGCUGCGGCCCUAUCUGUCUUACUCUCUCACUCUCUCCCCCUCUUUCUCACGCGUGCUCUCUGUCGCUCUCACCUCCCUCUCUCUUUUUCUCUCACUCGGUCUCGCUCCCUCUUGCGCUCUCUCUCUCUCUCUCUCUCUCUCUCUCUCCUCUGUCUCUCUCUUGCGUGUACUCUCUUUCUCUCUCUCUCUCUGUGGUGAGCCUGCCUGGCUCUGUAAUGACAGCAUAGUGCGACAGGAGCCUGAUCAGCAGGAGGACUGCAGCAGCGCACGGAGCUGGCGAGCGAGCGACCACGUGUGACCGGGGACCAUGACGACAGAAGCGGGUUCUGAGACGGAGGUGAAGAAGGAGCCGGAGAAGGCCGAGGAGCAGCCAGCCGUGCCGGAGCAGGAGACCGCGGCCGAGCCAGCCCAGGAGGCGCAGCCGGACCCUCCCGCCGAGGACAAGCCCGACGAGGAGGAGAAGGAGAAGGAGGAGGAGGAUAAGACCUCGCCCGAGAAGAAAAAGGAGAAGGAGCAGUCGACGGGCAAAGGGAUCUCCAGGUUCCUCCCCCCAUGGCUUAAGAAGCAGAAGUCCCAGAGCCAGGAGGGUCUGAAAGACAGCGCCCCCAAGGAGGAGGUGAAGCCGCCCGAGGGCACGGAGGCACCCGCCGAGGAGGCCCAGCCCGAGAAGGAGGAGAAGCACUCCAUCGGAAGCGCAGACACCCAGCCUGCCAAGGAGGAGAAGGGAGAGGACACUUUGGAGAAGGACACGGAGCAGAAGGAGCCGGAAGAAAGUCAGACCGAAGUGAAGAAAGAGGAGGAGCAGAUUGUUAAGCCGGAGGGAAAAGCAGACAAGUCCCCGCUGAAGCUGACCAAGAAGAUGAAGAUGGUCGUGUGCCAGGUGACAAUGCUGGACGGCACGCAGUUCCCCUGCGAGGUGGAGAAACGGGCGAAGGGCCAGUACCUCUUUUUCAAAGUGUGCGAACAUCUCAACCUGCUGGAGAAGGACUACUUCAGCCUGAGCUAUAAAGACCCCACCGACCAGAAGUGCUGGCUGGAUCCCAUGAAGGAGAUCAAGCGUCAAAUUCGAAACUCUCCUUGGCAGUUUGCGUUCAAUGUCAAAUUCUACCCUCCUGAUCCCUCCCAGCUGACCGAAGAUAUUACCAGAUAUCUCCUGUGCCUUCAGCUCCGCGAGGACAUGGCCUCCGGGCGGCUGCCCUGCUCCUUCGUCACCCACGCCUUGCUGGGCUCCUACGCCCUGCAGGCCGAGCUGGGCGACCACGACCCCGACGAGCACCGCCUCGACUACAUCAGCGACUUCCAGUUCGCCCCCUCGCAGACCAAGGAGAUGGAGGAGAAGGUGGUGGAGCUGCACAAAACUCACAGGGGGCUGACUCCAGCUCAGGCAGAUGCCCAGUUCUUAGAAAACGCCAAGAAGCUGUCAAUGUACGGAGUGGAUCUCCACCAUGCCAAGGACUCGGAGGGGGUGGACAUCAUGCUCGGAGUGUGUGCCAACGGACUCCUGAUCUACAAAGACAGACUUCGAAUAAACCGCUUCGCCUGGCCCAAAAUCCUCAAGAUCUCCUACAAACGCAGCAAUUUCUACAUCAAAAUCAGACCGGGAGAGACGGAACAGUUCGAGAGCACCGUUGGCUUCAAGCUGCCCAACCACCGUGCCGCCAAGAAGGUGUGGAAGGUGUGCGUGGAGCACCACACCUUUUUCAGGUUGAUGAGCCCCGAGCAGCCUCCGAAAGCCAAGUUCCUCACCCUGGGCUCCAAGUUCCGCUACAGCGGCCGCACCCAGGCCCAGACGCGCCAGGCCAGCACCCUCAUCGACAGGCCGGCCCCCUACUUCGAGCGCACCUCCAGCAAGAGGGUCUCCCGGAGCCUGGACGGAGCCCCCAUGGUCAACAUGUCCGACCAAGGAGACUCUUUGGUCCCUGGCCUGUCUGUCUCAGCAGCGGACAAGGAGAACGGCCGAGACCCCUCCCUGGAGCUCCCCUCUGACUCAAAGGUGGAGGAGGAGCCCAGUGCCGGCACAGCGGCCGAGACCACAGAGGCUGAGCUCGUCGAGACGGACAGAGGAGACUCACUGCUGCAGAAGAGCAAGUUGAGAGUAAAGGGGGAAAAUAUAUAUGUCAGACAUAGCAAUCUAAUGUUGGAGGACCUGGAUAAGGCCCAGGACGAUGUGUUGAAACAUCAGGCUAGCAUUAGCGAGUUAAAGCGCAGUUUUAUGGAGUCCACCCCCGAACCGCGCCCCAGUCAGUGGGACAAGCGUCUUACCGCCAGUCCCGCCACCAGCCUGCGGCUGCAGCUGCAGGCCCAAGGGAGUUUAGAAGAGGAGAUAACCUCCAUUUUAUUCAGUAAACCGAGCUUUUCCUCUGGUCUGGCUGGCCACUUCGAUACCAGCACGCAAGCAGCAGAGGGCGCUGUUGCAGUAGUCUCUGUGCCUCUGGCCCCGCACUCUGUCGAGAAAACUCCGCCUAGAACGGACGGCACGCUACCUGACAGCAAAGAGGAGGACAAGAGCGCAGAUGACAAACAGAAACCAGAGCCAGGCGAGCAGGCAGAGGUUGAGAUAGAAGAGACGGUAGUCAUCGAGGAGAUCAGGAAAGUCCCCAAGGCCAAGGCGGCGACCCCCGAGGUCAUCCUCGUCGUCCCCGCCCCCACCGUCGUCGUCGUGGAGGAGGAGCCGAAGAAGGAGGAGGAGAAAGCGGGCCAGGAGGAGAAGAGGGCCAGCACCUCCUCGGACAGCCACAGCGAGAGCGAGGAAGAGGCGGAGUACCGCCCCGAGGCCGUCACCGUGGCCCAGAUCAAAGAAGAACCGGAGGAAGAGGAAGUCGAGGAGGCCCCCAGCAAGGAAGCUCCGCCACCAGAACCCGAGGCAGAAGCCCGGCGCGGCGCGGCAGACGCGGGAGAGGCCGUACCCGAGGUGAAGGAAGAGGAGGAAGAGACGGCAGAGGACGAAGAGGUCCCGACGGACGAAGCUCAGAACGGUCACCCCGAAGCGCAGCCCGCCCUGGUGUCGGUGGCGGAGGAAGAGGACGAGCCCCGGGUUAACGGGGACGUAUCUCACGCCGAGACGGAGCGCGUGCCGCAGGUUAUUUGCUGCUCCGAGCCCCCUGUGGUGAAGACCGAAAUGGUGACUAUCUCGGACACCUUCGCCGCUCAGAAAACGGAGAUCUCCACAAAGGAGGUCCCCAUUGUGCACACGGAGACUAAAACCAUCACGUACGAGGCAGCUGAGUUGGACGGUAGUGGGGAAGCUGAGCCUGGUGUUUUGAUGACUGCCCAGACCAUCACCUCUGAGUCGCUGUGUACCACCACCACCACACACAUCACCAAGACAUUAAAAGGCGGGCUUUCAGAAACGCGGAUCGAGAAGCGCAUCGUCAUCACGGGAGAUUCUGAUAUCGACCACGAUCAGGCGUUGGCCCAGGCUAUAAAAGAAGCCAAAGAGCAGCACCCAGACAUGUCAGUCACCAGGGUGGUGGUCCACAAAGAGACAGAGCUGGCGGACGAGGCCGAGGACUGAGCUCCAGAGCUGAGGAGCCCAUGACUUCCGCACGUUGUUCUGCGGGAGAAUUCCAGUCAGCCUCAGAGCAGAGCGUCUCCUCGGUUUCUCCCAGAGGACCUAAGAAGAUCCCCAAGGCCCAGCUGAAACGUUUCUGUGCUUUGCACAUUCCUUUUUUUAAUCAUUCAGACGAAGAACCACUUAGCUUACAUCCGUAGCUUCUUUUAUUUUUUUCCGUGCUUUUUACAGUUUGUCUACCAUUAUUAAAACCAGAUAGGAUUACAAUGAAGUGGUCAUUUUUAUUGUUAAGUAGCAUUCACAUUCCUAGUGUGUACAGAAGGGUUGUGUGUUUUUUGAGAAACUACACGUUAAAAAAAACAAAAAAAACAACAGAAUAAUUGAUCCUUCUUCCUGAGUUCAUGCAGUUGGACACACAUAGUAUGACCAAGCGGGCAGCAUAGCUUUGGAACUGGUGUUUUUACAGCACGUAGUCUUUGCGUAAAUGUAUAUCAACGGGGAAAAAAGAUCAUCAAAUUCAUUUCAUUGGGUGCGUUUCCAAGGGACCAGCAUAAGACGGAGCACUGUGUCAUAUUGUACGUUGCACUACAGUGCCAACACAAUCUUCUAUGCAGUCAAACAAAAACAUUCCACAUCUGGGAGGUGCUUUUUAAUCUACCUCCCUCUAAGAGAAAAAUAAAAAUACAAAAACACUAAAAAAAAAAAACUUUUAAAACUCUAGGCAGCUUGAAAUCUUUCGCUUUUCCGUAACUUUCCGGCGUCAUUAAUCAGAUUUAUAUUUGUAGAAAACUUUCUCUUAUUUUUUUUUUCUUUGUUUUAUUUUUUUUUUGCUACCUUUUAAACUUGUCUUAAUCUGUAAACUGAUUUAGAUGUCAAUGAGGUGGGUUUGUUCGCCCUUUUAAAUAUUUUUAAUAUAUUUCUUUCAGAACUUUUUUGAGGACUAAAAGAAACACAGAAAAAAGAACGGCGACCCUUUUUAAUCUUUUUUCCCCCCCUCUUAGGUAAUGGAGGCAGCUUCUCUGUGCUUAGCGCUCUUUAAAAUCUGACCACCCUCGCCCCAAACUCAAGGAUGCUGUCAGUUUGCUCUUGGACCCUGUGUAUAGCAGAUAAUCUUAGGUUUUUAGCAGCUUGAAAGACGUGUUGUGUUUUUACCCCCUCCACUGCCCCCUCCGCCCACACACACCUCUAAGUGUAACACAGUUGAAAUAAAAGUUUGUUUAUUCUCUAA